CUUUCUCAUAAAGAGAAAAUCUUUCUUGGUUUUUUUUUUUCCUUUUCAAGAAAAACUAGUGCAAUAAAUGGCUGGAGAACAAGAGAAAUUAUUGCUGGAUGAACACAAGGAGAACCAUUUCACAGCUGGAGAAAUUGUACGUGACAUGAUUAUUGGUGUUUCUGAUGGCCUAACAGUCCCUUUUGCUCUGGCUGCUGGAUUGUCUGGUGCUAAUGCUUCAUCAUCCAUCAUUCUCACUGCUGGCAUUGCUGAGGUUGCUGCUGGAGCCAUUUCCAUGGGACUUGGAGGUUAUCUUGCUGCAAAAAGUGAGGCUGACCACUACAUGAGAGAACUCAAAAGGGAAGAGGAAGAGAUCAUUGCUGUACCAGAUACAGAAGCAGCAGAGGUCGCAGAGAUAUUGUCCAGGUAUGGAAUUGAGCCCCAUGAAUAUAAGCCAGUGGUGAACGCUCUGAGGAAGAACCCACAAGCCUGGCUUGAUUUCAUGAUGAAGUAA